AUGGGGCACUGUCGUCUCUGCCACGGGAAGUUCUCGUCCAGGAGUCUCCGCAGCAUCUCUAAUAGGGGAUCUGGGGAAAGUGUGGGAAGAGCACCCCCGGGGGAGCGUGUUUUCAUUAGGGACUUCCAGCGCCUGCUGGGGGUGCCCAUUCUCCAGGACCCAGCCUUGUCACCCUUCGUCUGCAAGAAUUGUCAUGCUCAGUUCUACCAGUGCCACAGCCUCCUCAGCUCCUUCCUGCAGAGAGUCAAUGCCUCCCCCACGCGCCGCCAGAAGCCUUGCACAAAGGUCGGGACCCACCCCCAGACUGCUGUGGAGGGGGCAUGUCCAGCAGACUUGGUUACGUGGAGCCCCCGGUGCCUGCAGGCUCUGGUCGGGUGGGUGCAUGGGCACGCAGCUGGCUGUGGGGCCCUUCCCAGCCUGCAAAGGACGCUUUCCUCUGAGUACUAUGGCGUCAUCCAGGCCGUGUGGGGCUGCAGCCAGGGCCACGACUACGUCAUGGACACGGACUCCGCCUGUGGGGCCCUUGUGCUGGACAGCACUCUGGCGGUCAAGUGGGAAUGGGACAAGGAGACAGGCCCGCGACUCACCCCCAGUCACGGGCCUAAUCCUGCUGGAGCUGCCCCUCAGCACUCCCAGGGCAGAGGGACCACGGCCGAGGCUGGGACAGAAGCAGUGCCUAGCAUGGAUGCGGCCCAGCCUCCUUUGGAUGGCAGUCCUGUGGGGCCUGGGCAGAGCCUCCCGCCCCAGCCAAGCUCACCCCCCGGUGGGGCUCCAGGGCAGUCGGGUGAGAAGCAGGUUCCAUCUCCAGCCUCGGAUGACCGGGUAAAAGACGAGUUCAGUGACCUUUCUGAGGGAGACUUCCUGAGUGGCGACGAGCAUGACAAGAAGCAGAAUGCACCGUCGUCUGAUGAGUCCUUUGAGCCGUACCCGGAGAAGAAGGUGUCAGGUAGGAAGUGUGAAGGUAAAGAGGCCAAACAUUCUGAAGAACCAAAACCUCGAAAGAAACCAGGGCCCAAACCAGGCUGGAAAAAGAAACUCCGGUGUGAAAGGGAGGAGCUGCCCACCAUCUACAAGUGUCCUUACCAGGGCUGCACAGCUGUGUACAGGGGUGCUGACGGCAUGAAGAAGCAUAUCAAGGAGCACCAUGAGGAGGUCCGUGAGAGGCCCUGCCCACAUCCUGGCUGCAACAAGGUGUUCAUGAUUGACCGCUACCUGCAGCGCCACGUGAAGCUCAUCCACACAGAGGUGCGGAACUACAUAUGUGAUGAGUGCGGGCAGACCUUCAAGCAGCGCAAACACCUCCUUGUGCACCAGAUGCGUCACUCGGGAGCCAAGCCCCUGCAGUGUGAAGUCUGUGGGUUCCAGUGCAGGCAGCGAGCCUCCCUCAAGUACCACAUGACCAAGCACAAGGCUGAGACUGAGCUAGACUUCGCCUGUGACCAGUGUGGCCGGCGCUUUGAGAAGGCCCACAAUCUGAAUGUCCACAUGUCCAUGGUGCACCCUCUGACACAGACCCAGGACAAAGCCAGGCCCCUGGAGACAGAGCCCCCCGGGCUACCAGGUUCCCUGGGGAGAGGGGAAGGUCAGGCCGUGAAGCCCGAGCCCACCUGA